AGUUCCCUAGAAGAUGACCGCGCUCUCAGCACUGCCAGGGAAGCUCUGAAUGCGUGGCUUGCUUGGUCUUCUCCCCGCUGGGAGCAGCCAUUCCCCGGCUGGUGGCAGCCCUCUUGGUGCCACCAGGGAAGCUUUCCUGGGUUCCUUCCCUCUGGGAGGCGCCGUUCCUUGGUUGAUGGCCACGCUCUCGGCACCGCCAGGGAAGCUCUGAACAUGCAACUUGCCUGGGCUCUUUCCCACAAGGACCUGCAGGCCGAGCAGGUGGGGAUGGGGACUGGCUGUGCCCGCCGCUGCCCAAGCGGAAAGCCCAAAGAUGGACAUCCUGGAUGCGUGUGCUGCCCUCAGCGCUUCCCCGACACCUGCCUGCCACCACCGCUACCAUGCCUUGCCUGCUUCCCCAGCUGCUCUUCUUUAAGUGAGUACUCAGCAGCUGGGAAAACCAGGAGCCGCCACUUUUGCCCUGCCAGGCACCACAGAUCUGCUCAGCUCAAGUUCAUGAAAACAACAGCGAGGCAGGUGGGCAGAGCCUUGCACCAUGAUUGCUACUGGUUCUCUGAACCAACAGCCAACAUCAUUACCAGAUCAAGAGAUCCGGUCCAAACCGGGAGCAUUUCACCCUUGAUUCUGAGACAGAAUUAUGAAGAGCCUCCUGAAUCCCCUCCACAGGCCUUUGUAGGCACUGGUUAUCCAGUUGCUCCCAAUGAGUGGUUGAAGGAGGAUUUUGCCAAGGUGCUGGAUGUCAACUUGCUUGGGCUGAUUGACAUGACACUCCACAUGCUUCCCCCAGUGAGGAGAGCCAGAGGGAGAGUGGUCAAUGUGUCCAGUUUGGCGGGAAGACUGGCAGCCUACAGAAGUGGAUAUGUCCUCUCCAAGUUUGCUGUGGAAGCCUUCUCACUCUGAGGUAAAACUCAGUAGCUAUUUUUCUUGUUCAGCAGCAAAUGAUUUCCCCUCACUACAUUCGAAGCAGCAAGACAUUUAGUCCUUCUGGCCUAUAUUUAGCGGGGACAUGUUUCAGAUAGAAAUUUGGCCUGCGGGUUCCAGUCCUGCAGCUGUAUGUUCAAGCAGCUGUAUAUGUAUAGGUAAGAGUAAGAUUUAUGGUGGCUAAUAGCACACUGAACACACAAGCACAACUCUGUGAGGCUAGUUGGAAGAAGAGAAAGAGAUUGGCCAAAGGUUACUCAACCGGCUUUGAUGUUUUAAGGGAGGACAUCGCGCUCAGAGUCUCUCUAUUUUUAGCCUGUUAUCUUAACUACUAUGCCAAAUGAACAUAUAACGGCUAAAAUGUAUACACUUUUUCAUGAAAUUUGAAAUGGUAGAAGAACAAAUGUUAAAAAGGAUUGAAAUCCAUAUUAGAUUAUACUUUAAAAGAACUUUUUAGAAAAUGAGGUAAUGUUGGCAUUUUAGAAAAAUUAUCUAAAAUAUGUCUGAAGGUACCUCAAAUCUAUAUUGCAAAUGUUGGCAACACAAAAGGUCAUUUUAUCAUAUCAAGUAGACUUGCAAGGAAGCCAGAAAAUUUUGGGUUCAAAUACACACAAAGAUACAAAAAUUUUAAAGGCCAAUAUUCAAUUGAAGUUAAAAUUGGAUAGACAAUUAGAAAAGAAUUCUGGAAGGUUGUUUUUGUAAAUGAUAAUUGCUGCAAUUUUUUAUGUGUAUAAAAAUAUACCCACAAUGGCAUUCUAGGCAGAGUACAUAUUGCUUCAACCACCUAUUUCUCCUACAAAAAUAACUUUGUGACUUAGGUUGACUGAGAUGGAGGAAAUAACCCAAGGACCAUUUGUGGUUGGAGUAGAGUAAAAGCUCAGUCUUCCUGCUCCUAGUCCAAGACCUUUCCAAGGAAGGAAAUAAAGAGGAACACACACAUGGACAAGUAGCUGGAAACAACCUUUUUUAAGUGGACACAAAACUUUAAAAAUACUUUUUUCCAUUUGUACCUAACUUUGUCAGAACAUGCUGUGGCAAUAUCUUCUUUUUCCUCUUAUGUCUUCUUCUUGUCCCCAACUUCUUACUGAGACAGCUAUAAGAUAUUCUUAGCAUACAGUGCUGAAGUGAUGUUAUUUAUUUAAAGAACUAAAAUGGUGGCCUAUCUCACAUAGCAAUCCUAAGUCAUUCCUGCAAUCAAUAAAAACAAUAGAAUAGAACCAAGCACCAAACCAACCAAACUAUUGAGUGUUUGAUUCAACCCACUUCCUAGCUCAAUGCUUGAGGAAAGAACCAGAUCUUCAUGGUCUUCCAGAAGUGUAAAAUGGUAGGAAUCCCCUGAAGUUCAGGUAAGAGUCUAUUCUGAGACGGCUACAGAAACGAAGUGAGGCCUCAUCAGAUGAGAGUGUUAAAGGGAAGGAUCCACACAAACUGACCUAGUGGGACAGGCAGAUAGUCUUGGGGAGUGAAAGCCAAAUCUGGCCCUAGGCUCUGCCUCAGUUUACCUUCCCAAUAAGCAACCGAGUCAGAAAAUCAUUUAAAAGCAGUUUAUUAGGGUACCCUGAUAAAGUGGGGUCUCUCUAUUAAAAAGGAAGAGAGAACCUCAAGCCCCAUGUUUCACUCCUUUUUUGCACAAAAAUUGGUCACAUGUAGUCAGACCAGAGGUGGGUUUCAGCAGGUUCUGACCAGUUCUGGAGAACCAGUAGCAGAAAUUUUGAGUAGUUUGGAGAACUGGUAGUAAAAAUUCUGAUUGGCCCCACCCCCAUCUGUUCUCUGCCUCCCGAGUCCCAGCUGAUCAGGAGGAAAUGGGGAUUUUGCAGUAACCUUCCCCUGGAUUGGGGAAGAAAUGGAGAUUUUACAGUAUCCUUCCCCUGCCACGCCCACCAAGCCACACCCACAGAACCGGUAGUAAAAAAAAUUGAAACCCACCACUGAGUCAGACAUGUUAUAUAUUUGCCUCCCAUAAUAUCACACGUUCAUUAAAAUGAGGCCUGAUGUCAGAAGGGGCAUAAUUGUAAGGAAAUGGGUUGUUGAGAGUUCACAAAAGAGAUAAGCCAGACCCCAAGUUGUACUAACAUUUUUUUCUUACCUGGAGCUAGUCUCCAGCUUGUUUAUCAGUUUAGAAAUGUUAAAAGCUAAUAAACCUGUAAUGUAUUUCAAUUUUAGGAGGGAAAUUUGGGCGGGAAAAUGCACGUUGCUGAUUGGCUGAUGCCUCAGCCAAAAUACUAUUUAAAGAGGGGUUUUUGCCUGUUGGCUUUUGCUGGGAUCACAAUAAACCAAAGAGCUGUUGUCACUUG